CCGGAAUCUCUGCGCGCUCCGAGGCGGGCGGGCGGCCAGGGCACAUCCCCUGCGCUCGGAGCGAGCGGGGAGCCGCCUCCUCGGACACGUUAAAAGUUUGGGGCGGCUCCGGGCUCCGAGGAGACGGAGCACGUCCGCGCAGCGCGGCAGCUCGGCGGGCGCUGAGCCCCCGGCCCGCCGGGCACCGCCCCCGAAGAUGGCGAGCCGCAGCCUGCGCCUGCUGCUCCUCGGCCUGGGGCUCCUGAGCUAUCCUGACGUGUCUGGAAUCUCCAUUGAAACAGAUAUCAAAAAUGUAAAAGCAGAGGAGUUUAAAGAGGCUAUUCUUAGCUGCAAACACAAAUUUUCGAAAGGGAUGAGUUUAAGAAUAGAGUGGAAGAAAAUCCAAUCUCAAGGAGUCUCAUUUGUCUACUACAAUAGUGAAUUUACAGGUGAUCUUCGAGGCCGAGCAGAGAUGCUGAAUACAGGAAUCCGAAUUAGGAAUGUGACAAGAAGGGAUUCUGGGACCUACCGCUGUGAAAUCAGUGCCAAGAGUGAAGAGGGGCAGCACCUGGGAGAGGCUACUAUUACUCUCACAGUAUUGGUUGCUCCGACCACUCCGGUGUGUGAUGUGCCCAGCUCUGCCAUGACAGGAACAGUGGUGCAGAUGAGCUGCAAGGAAACUGAGGGCUCCCCUCCAUCUGAGUACCAGUGGUACAAGAAUGGUGUUGCCUUGCUGGAGAAGACAGGAACAGGCAGUGCUAGAGCAGCAAACAUAACUUACACCAUGAAUAAAAAGUCUGGCACUCUGCUGUUUAAUACAGUCACAAAGAAUGACACCGGAGAGUAUUUCUGUGAAGCCUCCAAUGGGAUUGGAACAUCUCAGAAAUGCUCAGUGAAGCGAAUGCAAGUUGAUGACCUUAAUGUAAGUGGCAUCAUUGUGGCUGUAGUAUUUGUGGCUCUGGUGAUGGUACUGUGUGGCCUUGGAGUAUUCUAUGCCCAAAAAAAGGGCUACUUUGCAAAGGAAAGUUCUUCCCAAAAGAAGACAAACUAUCAAUCUACAAGUGAAAAGGAUUUCAAGCAUACCAAGUCCUUUGUUAUUUAGAAGAUUUCAGCCUCUGUGAGGGACAUCAAAUGACUACUUGUUAUACAAAAGUACCAGUGUCCUGGUUUCAGCUGGGAUAAUUUUCUUCAUAGUAGCUGUGUUUUGGAUUUAAUAUGAGAAUGAAGUUGAUAACACACUGAUGUUUUAGUUGCUGCUGAGUAGUGCUUUCUCCAAAUCAAGGAAUCCUCAUAGUCCCAUGAUCUUCCAGUGAGGAGGUGCAAAAGAAGCAGGGACAGAGCUCAGCUGGGACAGCUGAUCUGAGCUAUCCAAAGGAAUAUGCAUAGAAUCACAGAAUCAUAGAAUAAACUAAGUUGGAAGAGACCCAUCAGGAUCAUGAAGUCCAACUCCUGGCCCUGCACAGGACACCCCAAAAAUCACACCAUGCGUCUGAGAACGUUGUCCAAACACUUUGGAGCUCAAACAGGCUUGGUGCUUGGUGACCACCUCCACACCAGAACAUCAUGCCCAGUAUUUAAAUUGGGGAAGUUGGCCAGGAGGAGUCAACUGCUGCUGAGGAACAGGCUGGGCAUUGGCCAGUGCAUGGUGAGAAACUGUUGUGCAUCACUUGUCUUCCUUGGGCUUUACUCCUCUCUCUCCUUUUUUACUCUACUGUUGUUAUUAUUAGUAGUAGUAUUAUUAGUAUCUUAUUUUAUG